UGUACCAAAUAUAAGGAAAACAAACAACUCAUAUCUUUUUCUUUUGUUUCUUCAAAUGGGUCACAAAAUAUUUCUGAUUUCUUUCAUAUUUUUAGCACUGAAUUUUGGUUCAAUUUCAGAAGCAACAUUGACUGAAGCACAAGCACUUAUUAGGUGGAAAAAUUCCUUAUCUCCUGUACCUGAUUCUCUUCUUUCAUGGAGACUUUCAGAUGCACAAAACCUCUGUAAUUGGACUGGCAUAGUCUGUAACAAUGUAACUUCUGUCAGAAACAUCAGUUUAAGCAGUCAAGAUCUUUCUGGGAGUCUCAGCAGCUUCAAUUUCAGUGCAUUUCCAAAUUUAGAAAGUUUGGUUCUUGACAGCAACAAUCUUGAAGGUCAAAUCCCAUUAACUGUUGGUAAUCUUUCUAAGCUUACUUACUUGGAUCUUAGCACCAAUUACUUUGAUGGGUUUAUUCCUCAAGAUGUCGGUCGAUUGUCAGAACUUGUGUAUCUUAAUCUGUCUAAUAAUAACCUGAACAAUAGUAUUCCUGUUGAACUUAGUAGUUUGGGGAGGUUAAGGUUGUUAGAUAUUGGAGCUAAUUAUCUUGAAACUCCUGAUUGGUCUAUGUUUAGUCCUAUGCCUUUGUUAACCCACUUGAGUUUUGGGCUUAAUGAGUUAACUGGGGAGUUUCCUAGGUUCAUUUUUAGGAGCAGGAACUUGACUUACCUUGACAUGUCCUUUAACUAUUUAACUGGGUUGAUCCCAGUUUCUCUUUUUACUAGUCUUCCAAAUCUUCAGUACCUUGAUCUUACUAAUAACUCAUUCAGUGGAUCAAUAUCAACCAACAUUUCCAAGUUAUCAAGUCUAACUGAGCUUCAUUUGGGUUCGAACCAGCUUUCUGGUACAAUCCCUGAUGAUAUCGGUUUGAUCUCUGGACUCAAAGUUAUUGAGCUGCAUAGUAAUGUUCUUUCUGGUAGCAUUCCUUCUCCCAUUGGCCAACUUAGGAACCUAGAGAAAUUCGAUGUUCAUUCGAACAGAUUGAACUCUAGUAUUCCCUCUGAGCUUGGCUUAUGUACAAACCUUACUUUUUUUGCUGCUGCUGGGAAUUCACUUGCUGGAGAAUUGCCAUUAUCCUUGAGCAAUCUUAGGAAAAUAUCAGCUCUUGGUUUAUCUGAAAACAUUCUGUCUGGUGAAAUCUCCCCUUAUUUCCUUAGCAAUUGGACCGAGUUGGUUUCCUUGCAAAUUCAGAACAAUAAUUUCAGUGGGAUUGUCUCACCAGAACUAGGUCAACUGUCAAAACUUCAGGUUCUUUUCCUUUACAAUAACAGUUUCACUGGUACUAUACCCUCAGAGAUAGGUAAACUGAACAACCUGGUAGAUCUUGAUUUUUCGACAAACCAACUUUCAGGAUCAAUUCCUUUAACCAUUGGAAACUUAGGCAACCUCUCAACCUUACAACUAUUCUCUAACAAUCUCACUGGAAGAAUCCCACCAGAGAUGGGGAAUCUCACGUCGUUGACUGUUCUUGAUAUUAAUUCUAAUCAACUCUAUGGCGAGUUACCUGAAUCCUUAUCACACCUCACAAAUUUACAAAUUUUUUCUGUGUUCACCAACAAUUUAACAGGGGAAAUCCCACAAAAUUUUGGUGAACAUAGCCUUUCUCUUACCAAUGUUAGCUUUUCAAACAACAGUUUCUCUGGGGAAUUGCCUUCUAGGUUGUGCAGUGGAUUCAAGCUUGAGCUCUUAACAGUUAACGGCAACAACUUCACUGGCAAGGUUCCUGAUUGUUUGAGGAAUUGCACAGGGUUAACUAGAGUCCGUAUGGAUGGAAAUCAGUUCAAUGGGAAUAUAUCAGAAGCAUUCGGUGUAUACCCAAAUCUCACUUUCAUCAGCCUAAGCAAAAAUCAGUUUGUUGGUGAGAUCUCACCCAAGUGGGGAGAAUGUGGAAAUCUGACAAACUUCCAGUUUGACAGUAACAAUCUUUCAGGGGCAAUACCAGCAGAGCUUCAGAAGCUGCAUAAUUUGCGUGUUCUAACUCUUGAUUCAAAUGAACUAAGUGGGACAAUACCUGCUGAAUUGGGAAAUUUAAGUUUGUUGAUCAACCUUAAUAUGAGCGGGAAUCACUUGGAGGGAGAUAUUCCGAAAAGCAUUGGCAAGCUGCAGAAUCUUCAGUAUCUUGAUUUAUCAGCAAAUAAUCUGUCAGGGGAAAUCCCUCUAGAGCUUGGGGAUUGUGGUAGUAUACUGAGCUUGAAGUUGAAUCAGAAUCGCUUAUCAGGAAACAUACCAGAAGAGCUCAGCAACUUGGAUGAAAUUCAAGUUAUGUUGGAUUUGAGCAGCAACUCUCUUUCUGGCCCAAUCCCUCAAGACCUUGACAAGCUCACUUCCUUGGAGAAACUCAAUCUCUCCCACAACUCUCUCUCAGGGGCAGUCCCACCAUCACUAUCGAACAUGCUUAGCUUACAAUCUCUCGAUUUAUCCUACAACAACUUGUCAGGUUCAGUCCCCAGUGCAAGAUUUUUCCAAAAUGGGCUGUACAUGGGAAAUUCUGGCCUUUGUGGGAAUGCAACAGGAAUACCCACCUGUGACCGCAUCAAGUCUCACAACAACCACAAAAAAGUUGUUAUUGCUGUUGUGGUACCAAUUGCCUCCCUUCUUCUCCUUGCAGUUUGUGUAGUUGCAUUAUGUUUAUGUUGCAGAAAGAUCAAACAGAGAGAUAUGGAGAGCAAAACUUUUUCAGAUACAAGCGAUUCAGAGUCUUUGAUAUGGGGGACAGAAGGAAGGUUUACCUUCCGAGAAAUUGUCAAGGCCACUGAUGACUUCAGUGAAUUUUACUGCAUUGGGAAAGGUGGUUUUGGCAGUGUAUAUAGGGCAUCUUUGAUGUCAGGUCAGCUGGUUGCUGUCAAGAAGCUCAACAUGUCAGAUUCUAGUGACAUCCCCUUGGCAAAUAAAAAAAGCUUCGAGAAUGAGAUAAGGGCAUUGACUGAGGUUAGACACCGGAAUAUAAUCAAGUUAUAUGGUUAUUGCUCUAGAAAGGGCUCUAUGUAUUUGGUCUAUGACUAUGUUGAACGCGGCAGUUUGGGGAAUGUGUUGUACAGUAAAGAAGCCAAAGAAGGACUAGGGUGGGAAAGAAGAGUGAAUACCGUAAGAGGGUUAGCACAUGCAGUCGCUUAUUUGCACCAUGAUUGCACCCCACCUAUUGUUCACCGUGACAUAUCCAUAAACAAUGUCUUGCUUGAUGAUGAAUUUGAGCCUCGACUAUCAGAUUUUGGCACAGCAAAGAUUCUCAGCACAGAUGCAUCUAGCUGGACCACAGUUGCUGGUUCUUAUGGAUAUAUGGCCCCUGAGUUGGCUCUAACAAUGAAAGUGACCGAAAAGUGUGAUGUUUAUAGCUAUGGAGUGGUGUCAUUAGAAGUUAUGAUGGGUAAGCAUCCAGGAGAACUUCUAACCUCAUUAUCUUCUGUAGCUGAGAAGCGCGAAGCACUACUGAAAGACAUUUUAGACCAAAGUCUCUCACCACCUACAGGACAUACAGCAGAGGAAGUGGUAACUGCAGUCACAUUAGCUCUAUUAUGCACCAGUACAGAGCCAAAUUCGCGGCCUACAAUGCGUUAUGUUGCACAAGAACUAUCUGCUCGGACACACAAUUACCUCUCUGAGCCCUUUGAAAGUGUAACACUAGGCAAAUUGAAUGCUAAUCAUCCAAGAUGAUCAGUUAAAGAGGUGAUGAAAACUUAACUUGCUGAAUCUCUCUUAUGAGUUUUUGAGUUGAUUACUUGUUAUACAAACACUCAGUUUCAGAUACAGCAUACAGAAAAAUUAUGUAUAUUUUGCAACAUACAUAUUACAUUGUACAUAUGCUUUUACUCUUUGUAUAUAUUCUUAUUCAAUACAAAGUACAACGUAUAAUGAAUAUUUUUGCUGGCUGAUCCUCUCCUUCUUUUGAUAUACUUUACCUUUUUCUUUCCGUUUUCUAGGCUUUAGAAAGUGACAAAGAGUUAUUGUAC